GCUCGCAGCCCGCGGCGGCGCGCCCCCCGCACCCGCGCCCCCCGCACCCGCGCUCGGCCCCGCGGAGGACGGCCAUGCCGCCGCGGCGCAGCAUCGUGGAGGUGAAGGUGCUGGACGUGCAGAAGCGGCGGGUGCCCAACAAGCAUUAUGUCUAUAUCAUCCGGGUCACGUGGUCCAGUGGCUCCACAGAGGCCAUUUACCGGCGCUACAGCAAGUUCUUUGACCUCCAGAUGCAGAUGUUGGACAAAUUUCCCAUGGAAGGAGGACAGAAGGAUCCCAAACAGCGGAUCAUUCCCUUUCUGCCAGGCAAAAUUCUCUUCCGAAGAAGCCACAUCCGGGAUGUUGCUGUCAAACGCCUGAUCCCAAUUGAUGAAUACUGUAAGGCCCUGAUCCAGCUGCCCCCCUAUAUCUCUCAGUGUGACGAGGUGCUGCAGUUCUUUGAGACAAGACCUGAGGACCUGAAUCCCCCCAAAGAGGAGCAUGUUGGGAAAAAGAAAUCUGGGAGUGACCUGACCUCAGUGGACCCCAUGGUCCUGGAGCAGUAUGUGGUGGUGGCAGACUACCAGAAGCAGGAGAGCUCGGAGAUCAGCCUCAGCGUGGGGCAGGUGGUGGACAUCAUCGAGAAGAACGAGUCAGGUUGGUGGUUUGUCAGCACGGCUGAAGAGCAAGGCUGGGUCCCCGCAACCUGCCUGGAAGGGCAGGAUGGUAUGCAGGAUGAGUUUUCACUACAGCCUGAAGAAGAGGAGAAGUACACAGUCAUCUACCCGUACACAGCUCGCGACCAGGAUGAAAUGAAUCUAGAGCGAGGGGCUGUGGUGGAGGUGAUCCAGAAGAACCUGGAAGGCUGGUGGAAGAUCAGGUACCAGGGCAAAGAGGGCUGGGCCCCAGCCUCCUACCUAAAGAAGAGCAGUGGGGAGCCCUCACCCCCGAAGCUGGGCCCCGGCUCGUCCGCCCACACCGGCGUUCUCGACCUGGACGGAGUUUCCCGGCAGCAGAGCACGGUGGGCAGGGAGAGAGAGCUGCUCAACAACCAGAGGGACGGCCGAUUUGAAGGCCGCCCGGGGCCCGACAGCGACAUCAAGCAGAGAUCGCCCAAGAUGAGGCAGAGACCCCCUCCUCGCCGAGAUAUGACCAUACCUCGAGGUCUUAACCUGCCCAAGCCUCCCGUUCCACCCCAAGUGGAGGAAGAGUAUUACACUAUUGCUGAGUUCCAGACAACCAUCCCUGAUGGCAUCAGCUUCCAGGCGGGUCUGAAGGUCGAGGUGAUCGAGAAGAACUUGAGUGGCUGGUGGUACAUUCAGAUCGAAGAUAAGGAAGGGUGGGCCCCAGCCACCUUCAUUGACAAGUAUAAGAAGACAAGCAAUGCCUCAAGACCCAACUUCCUGGCUCCCUUGCCCAACGAGGUGACCCAGCUCCGUCUGGGGGACGCAGCAGCAGCGGAGAACAACACGGGCAGUGAAGCCGUCGGCCCCUCCCGGCCCCUGCCCGACGCGCCACAUGGUACCGCGGACUCCGGGAUACCGUGGUCCAAAGACUGGAAGGGCGGCAAGGAGGUCCUGAGGAAGGCAUCUUCCGACAUGUCCUCGUGCGCAGGCUACGAAGAGAUCUCAAGCCCCGACCUGGAGGAGAAGCCCAGCCUCCCUCCCCGGAAAGAAUCCAUCGUCAAGUCGGAAGGGGAGCUGCAGGAGAGGGGGCGGCAGAGGAUGGAACAACUCCGGGGCUCCUCACCCAAGCCUCCGGGCAUGAUUUUGCCCAUGAUUCCAGCCAAACAUACCCCCCCGUCCCGAGACAGCAGGAGACCAGAGCCCAAACCUGACAAAAGCAAGUUGUUCCAGCUGAAAAACGAGAUGGGGCUGGAGUGUGGCCACAAGGUCUUGGCCAAGGAAGUGAAGAAGCCCAACCUCCGACCCAUCUCCAGACCCAAAGCUGAGCCACCAGAGGAGAAGCCGGAAGUUGUUCCCCAGAAUCCCUUCUUGAAGUCCAAACCUCAGGUUAGGCCCAAACCAACUCCUUCCCCCAGGACAGAGCCACCUCAGGGCGAAGACCAAGUAGACAUCUGCAACCUCAGGAGCAAGCUGAGGCCUGCCAAGUCCCAAGAGAAACCCCUACUAGAUGGAGAGAGCGGCCACCAGCCUGCUGGGGGCCAAGAUGCAGCCUUCAGCCGGGGCUUCCUCCCAGGCGACGGGCCUGGCCGCACCCAGGACAGGACGGCCAAACAGGAUGGGCUCAGCCCAAAGGAGAUGUCCUGCAGAGCCCCUCCGAGGCCAGCCAAGACCGCAGAUCCUGUGCCUAAGAGUGUGCCCGCCCCACUGCAGGAGGCUUCCCCGCAGAGACCCGUGGUCCUGCCCCGCAGACCACCGCCCCCCAAGAAAACCACCUCAUCCUCCAGGCCCCUCCCAGAUGUCAGAGGACCACAACGGGAAGCCAACGAAGGCAAGACAGCUCCUGCCCCAGGCCGGGCCCUGCUGGUCCCUCCUAAAGCCAAACCUUUCCUUUCCAAUUCCUCAGCUGGCCAAGACGACAUGAGAAGCAAAGGUGGUCCGGUACCACGGAUGGCGGGCAAGAUGGGAGAAAACAGGGAGAAAGUAGCCGCAACCCCCUUCCCCAAUGCAGAUGGCCCGAAGGACUCUUUAUAUGUGGCUGUGGCCAACUUUGAAGGAGACGAAGAUACCAGCAGCUUCCAGGAGGGGACGGUGUUCGAGGUCCGGGAAAAGAACAGCAGUGGCUGGUGGUUCUGCCAGGUCCUGAGCGGGGCCCCUUCCUGGGAAGGGUGGAUUCCUUCCAACUAUCUCAGAAAGAAGCCGUAGCCACCUCCUUCCCUGUGUGGCGGUCCCGUGCAUCCCUGCUGGCUUUACCCACAUAUUUAAUAUGCCUCUUAAUUUAUCAACCUUCAUGCAGCUUCAAAGGAAGGAAGGCUCUGGAGUACUGUGGUUUCUUCCCUCCCAUCACAGCAUUCCCUGGAGGCUCAGAGGGUCAGAGGCCACACCCCCUGCUUCCUCUCCAAGCCAGCAUCCCUGCCUUAAGGCCGGUGGCAUUGCCACCCUGUGUAGGCCACCUAGCAGCGGGACCGUGACUCUCCCGACGCCUCCAAGACCAGAACCCAUGAUCUGGAAACUGCAGAAAGGGUCUCUCAUUGCUGGCACCCCACCCAGUACGUGAUGGCUGGCCCCCAACUUCUCCGUGUUUCUAAAAUCCCAGUGACUUUAUUUACUCGGUUUCCAAAAUGCCUGGUACCAGAAAGAACUCCAUCCCCUGGAAGUUGGCUCCAUUGCCAAUCCCAAGGAGAUGUCCUCCUCGAGGCUCGGGGCCCGGGAGCCUCUCAGGUUUGACCAGAUGCAGCUGUCCCAGGAGUGGACCUGAAGGUCUGCUGAGCCAUUCUGCCUCCCAUCUUCUGUCUUGGGACCCUGACUGAUCCUGAGGGCAUGGUCCCAGCCCCAGCACGCUUCACUUUCCCACAGCAGGGCUUUUUAAAUAGGAAUCCCCGCCCCACCAUGGGGCAUUUCACUUUGUCUCCGUAGAGCAAGAAUCGCAAAGUCGGUUUGAAAGGAGCUAAUCACAAUCCAUGCCCCUUGUGAGUAGCUAGUAGGUGCCAGACUCUGUACUUGGCACUUUACAUUCAUGUUUUAACGCUCACAUCAACCCUCUCUUGUAGUAUACCUGUUUUACGGACAAAGAACCUCAGACUCAGUGUGCCCAGGGGCACACGAGCUGGGCAGAAGAAGAACGAGGACUUGAAUCGAGCUAGUGUGACUUCGGUGCCGGUGCCCUUCCCCCCAGUAAGAGGCUAACCAGGCAGGGGAAAGGAAGAAGCUAACAGUGUCAGGAGCAGGUGGCCAAGGGCUUCCUCGUGCUGUGGGCGCCAGUAGCUGCUCCCACACCCACCACGCCUCCAACCCAUCACAGCUUGCACCGAAGGCUGCCCUACACCGUGGACAGCUACUCCUCGGCAACGCGGGGAUGCCCAGGGCUCUGGCGGCUGCCACAGGGCCCUGUUUCCUCCUCCUGUGCUGCUGCCCGCUCUGGGGGAUAAAGCUCGUGGAGCCAAGGGAGCUCAGAUGGUCUCACGUGCCAGCCUUGAGGGGCCCUGCUGGCUCAGGGGCCAGCAGCUGCAUCUCCACAGGCAGACGCCUCCCGGCCCUCUCUGCUGCUGCUUCCUGCUCCUCUCUGGCAUUCACAGAGCAAUUUUUCUUUCUUUCUUUCUUUCUUUUUUUUUUUGCAUGCACUCUCCCUCCCUGUCAUCUCACUUCCACCCAUUCGGACAGCUAUGCUUCACGGAGGCACAGCUACCCACCCUACCCUGCAGAAGAGGAUCCUGCUCGGCGAUCUCCCAAUUCAGUGAUCGUCUGCGGUGAUGCUUUGGGGACCACGGGGCCAGCUUUCCCAGGGACGCCCACUGUCCCCCUGCAGUGCCAAAGACUUCUGUGCAAACAGCCCCCUUCUGCUCUCCGCUGCCCGCGCUGCCACGUGGGCUCUGGAUGCUUCUAUGGGAGAAGGAGCGUCCUGAGUCACAGUAGCGUCUUUAUUCCUUCCUUCAGUCGGUCCGUGGACCCUGGGCAGGGCCCCGGGGUGCUUCUGGCGGUGCCCACUUGCCCCCUGGCCCUCUGCCCAGAACCGUGGGGAAGGACAGUAGUCAGGAAAAGGGGGAGCCGGGAGAGGGCCACCCACGUUUUUGACAUCCCCUCAUUUGGAAGGGAGCGAGCCCGUAGCAUGCUUUUCAGAGUUUUUGACCCACUUUGGUUUAAACAGCUUUUAUGAAGCUGUUAUGCAGGAUUUGACUACAUUUCCAAAGACAGAACUCGGUCUCUUUUUUGCUGAUUCACUUCUGCUUCCGUUGACCUUUCCAAGUAUUUUGUGAGUGCCUACCACGUGCUAGGCACUGGGUACACCAGGAUACGUGUGGCUCCAAGCCCGGCUCUAAGAGCUCUGGCUUUUGUUUGCUGAUUCCACUGAAGGGGUUAUCUUUGGCUCCGCUCCCUCCUCCCGAAGGUCCGCUGGGUGGGAACAGACUGGUUCCACCUCCCUGUGGGCAGAAGUGGUCCUGCAAAUGAAAGAAUUUGCUUUUUUGUUAUUAGUAUUAUUCUGACGCGAACCGAAGGUACUGAAACCACAUUCCUCUCUGUUCACCGUUCUUUGCUCAGGACACGUCUAGGGCCUGAGGACUCCUCUCUCGGGCCGGCUCCGUUUGCCACAGUGGUGGGCCCUUCCUCAGGCAACUGGCAGUAGGGGGUCUUGAUGGCCCUGUGGCUCUCCCUAGCUGUCCUUGCUUGGGAACUUAGGUUUACAGCAUUCAGCCCGGUGGCCACCAUUCUGCGAGCAAUUGGUGAAGCCUAUGCAAAACUCCCCUGAGGUGAUGCCCACAGAAAAAUGCCCAAGACCACAGUUAAAACUCCCAUGCCACGCUCAGGGCAGGUCACUGGUGCUUAAACUCCUUCCUUUAACUUAACCCUCACGACAGCCCUGUGAGGGCAUAGGAUCAGCCCUGAGCGGUGGAGAGAAAGUUGAGGUUCACAGGGUGAAGCCACGUGCCCAGUUUUCAUUCAAGUUGUGAUCGAGUUGAGACUCGCGUCCACGGGUGCUCUCUCCCCAGGUCCUGGGACUUUUCCUCUGCCAAUGGCAAUGAAAUGUGCGUGAAGCGGGUCACCCUCGCUCAUAAUUUCGGUUUCUCCUCCCCUCACCUCGUGAUCACACGUAGCAGUAGGCCACAGGCCAAAGGCAGGCGGAGGUGGGUUUUGUUUUCUUUUCUUUUCUCACCCCUACUUCGUUCCUCGUGAUGACUGUUUCAGCCUACGUCCUACGACCAAACCACAGCUUACAGUGCCACCAACUCUCUGGAAAAUCUGAGUUGUAGGAUCACCACUUGGCAGACUAGGCCUUUGCAAAAAAUCUCUGCCAUUUGGUGGGUUUAUGUCACUGUCCCAGGCUGAGACGGGGGAGCUGGGCGCUCGCUUGGACCACUGUUAACGCCCUACCCUGCUGAAAAUUGCUGGAGCCCACAUGAGCUCCCAUUAAUCAAUCAUCUUAAGCCUCCACCACAAGGCCUUCCCAUGUAACCAAUCUCUUAGGCAAAGUCCUUGGCCUUAAGACAUUUCUGAGCCCACCGAGGAUCCCACUACCAGGCGAAACGUAGGAAAACAAACUUGCCUCGUGAAAGGGCAGGUGCCAUAUCUCCCCAGGAUCUGGAUGGUCCUUAGGCUGAGGGACGCACUGUGUAGUAUUUUUACAGCCUCUAUCAAGUACAAAGCACUGUGUGGGAUCAAGAAGUCACUCCUGCCUUCAAGUAGCUGGUAAUUCGACAUCAUCAGGAACAGGAACAUCCGGGGCUUGGCUGCCAUCCUUUCAUUGUGCCCAAGUCUCUUAAGUGUUGGGUCAGGCUGCUCCCUGGGAGGUCUCGCCCUUCUCUUUGGACUGCGUCAGUGGGUAUGGGACAGCCUGAGCCCUGCACUGCAGUCCUAUCCCUCCCCCUUGGUUGUCCAGGCUUCUGCUGCAAACCAGCCACACCACACCAUAGACCAAAGAUUACCUAAUGUCAAACUCUGUGGCCUGGAGGAGUGGGAAAUUGGCUCACACUGAGGCCUGAGGGUGUAGGAUGCCCUCUGUUCGCCUGGAGGAAUUGCUCCUAACUUGGCUGAGGUUCUGACAUUGAGACGGACCACAGCCGGGGUCCCAGACGGACCAGUCCCAGCACUGCAGAGC